AAAGUUAGUGUACUGCACUUGUGGCCACUUUGCGGAUAACUAUUUUAAUAACUUUUCCUGGUAGGAUUUUGUAUGCAGUUCAAUUUUAAGAAACAGUAAGAUAAAUAAAAAUUUACGAGUCACAGAAUAUUGGAACUGAGUAACCAACUGGCAGCGGCGGAGGAAUAUGACUCUAUUAGAGGCGGGGAUCUGUUCAACCCGGUAGUGGGAGUCCCGCCAUGAGGAAUGGAAACCACGAGUUGAUGUGGCAAUAAGAAAUUAAGUAUUCAAGAUGCAGACUGUUGAAAGUCCACAAGCUCUAUCUGGUGUGAUGAAACCAGAGGAUAAGGAGAAGUUACAAAAAAAAGCAGCUUUCAGCAUCAUCUUCCGCUGUGUUGAGGAGGCUGGGAAGAUGGUCAUGUGUGAUGUAUUGCGUGUUCUGUAUAAGCACCCCAGCAUGAGUACCAAAGGAGGCACAAGGGCUGUGAAGGAUAUCUGCUUAAAUAAGCUGGGCUGGACAGAAGAUAAAUUAAAGAAGAAGUUAAGUAUCUGUACAGAGGACCAAAGAUAUCUUAAUUAUGAUAUAUCUAAACAGUCUGUAAGUAUGUCAUUUGCAUACAAAGUGAUGGUAGAAGUCUGUAGUAACCUCUAUGGAUGGCUUAGUGAUGAAUGUACAAGUUUUAUAAAAGUUCUAAAAACAUACAAGAAUAAGAUAUGUCAUAAAUAUGACCUACAAGAGGAAAAUCUUGCAGUAGAAUUGGAACAUUUUUAUAAAUUAAUCAAAUCUAUUUAUCAGGAUGUUAGUGAAGCCUUUGAGGUUGACAUGGAGGUCAAAUUAAAGGAUGUAGAGACACUUCUGAAACAAAUCCAAACCCAGAAAUGUACAUUAUCUGAUACAAUGAUUCUUUGCAAUGAUGAAUUAGCACUUAUGAUUGUGUCAGGUCGAAGAGAGUUGGCAAGCCGAUACCCAAAGCUGAGAGUUUGCAGUCCUUUAGACUGGAUGAAUGGCAAAGAGACUGAAAAAUUCAAACUUAAGCUAACUAUAGACUGUACAGUAUUGACAAUUGAAGACAGUAUAAGAGAGAUGAAGGUUGAAAAUCUCUUAACAACAGAUGCAAUGAUUCUUGGGAGGUUCAAGAUUCCUUCAGUGUUACUUAUCAGUGGAGAAAUUGGGUCAGGCAAAACAUCCCUUUGUCAUUACCUCCUUCAGGAUUGGCAAAAAAAGCAUUGUCAAGUUAAGAGGAUAAAUAAUUUUGAUUUAGUACUUUUGGUUGAUGCAAACAAAGUUAAGACCUCCUCACUAGAAGAUUACUUGCUUGAAGAGUUCUUGAUAAAUACAGGUGUCUCAUUUAAAAAAGGAAGGAUUAUACCAAUACUCAAGGAGUUAGAUGUUUUGUUCAUCAUUGACUCUUAUGAGGCAAGUUCAAAAAAUCUCUGUGCUAUUGUAUCAGAAAUAUUUUCAAAUUUCAUUGAGAAACGCAUCAUUCUUAUGACACGCCCAGAAUUCAAGCAGGUGUGUGCAAACCUAAUAUGGGAACAUCAUGUUGGCCAUCUUCCAGUUGAUAUUUGUUGCAUGGAUGAUUCAAGACAGAUGACAUUUACCUUACGUCUGUUAAAAGCACUAAAAGAAGAGACCAAUGAAAAGAAAGAACAGUUGCAUCGAUAUUUAGAUGGAAAUGGUAGAGAACUAGGCAGUCACAUCAAACAACCAAAUACACUAGGUCUUCUUCUCAUGCUAUGGAAGAAAAAAACAGAUAUACUAAAAGGAAUGACAAAUGCCUCACUUUUCUACAAUAAACUUUGUCACGGCUACAUUAAUAUGGUUAAGCAACAUCUUGCAAAGCCAGUAGAAGAUUUUGGUAAUGUUAAAUCAACUAUUAUUGAAGCUAUAAGUAAAUAUGCUUGGAAAUUGUUGAUAUCUGGACAGCAUGUGCUGUCAGAUGAGAUAGUGGUGGAUUUUGAUAAUUUGUGCAAAACAGUAGCUAUUCCUUCUGACGACGUGUUGUCAGUACUCAUGUUACGUACCUAUGACGAGAAUGUCACUCCACCCAGCAUAAAGUAUUCUUUCAUCAGUGAAGGUCAGCUUCUGUACUAUGCUGCCUCUUACAUAACCAAGAAUCUAGAAAAAGAAAAUAAAAAUAUCCAGAGCAUCUAUGAGAAAGUAAAGCAUUUGCACAAUUUGGAAGGUUUUCUGCUAAAAUUAGUAGGUAUCCUUAGUAUUUAUAAUAAAUUAAAUGAUGUUUCAGUUAAUGCAAUGUUCACAGUUAUUUCUCAAGCCAACUUCCCAUCUGAAAAUUACAACUUGUGGUGGAAAUUUGUAAAUGAGAGUAGACGUAACCACCAAGUAUGUAAAAUCAUAGCUCAAGAAAGAUUACCUCAAGUUCAUUGGGUUCUUGAUGCCAAAAAUGUUGUUUCUGGGCUCAAACUUCUUGCCCAUACUCCUGUAAAACUCAAGAGUGUAAAAAUUGAGAUUCAUAGUGACACUGAACCCUUUCAUAUUCCUGAGUUCCUUAGAACAAUGGAAAGUCUUCCUGGGUACUUAAAAAACCGCACUCAGCAAGAUCCAAUAGAGGUAGAACUUCACUUUUGGCGCCAUGAUGAAAUUGGUGACUUUGGACCAUCUGACAAAUUUGUGCAAACACUGCAUCCCUGGGGUCGAUUGAAUAACUUUACGGGUUCCUUAGGCGAGCAAGAGGGUGGUGAUGAGGUUCUAAACAUAUUCCAAGGCAUCAAAACUAUCCGGACACGAGUGACAACCCCAGGGGUGCUCAAAUCUCUCCAAAGGAAGCUCCAUAACAUUGCCAAAACAGUGAGGUUCAUCCGCCUCACUCUUGCCUUGCCCACACAAUGUAAUCCCAAUGCCCUGACUCCACUUUAUUUCCAAGGCAACUUAGAACUCAACUUUCUUGGAGUGAAUGAUGACUGUCCCCAGUGGGUGGUGUCUGCAGUGCGGCGAAUUUCUGGACAGCGAGGUUGCUGGAGGGUGUGCCUCCAGGCAUGUUCUAUGAGGUAUGUGAACCUUGAGUGGUUAAUAUUGAAUCUACACGGACUCAUCCUCAACAAGUUGACAAUUGGCUGCGUUGAUGAAUUGGAUGAAAAAAGUCAGAAGCAGUUGGAAAAGAUGGUAGGAUUCACCAUCAAUUGGUUAAUUUGAGAGAAUAGAUAAACCACAUGUUGUCAUUCUGUGUUUAGUUUCAAGUUUGUUAAAUUAGUUUUAGGACUUUUUAACCAAGAUUACAAUAUACAGAAAGGACUUUUUUCUUUUAUAAAAUGGACCCGAAAUGUUUUACACAGACAUAUAUUUUAUGUUGAUUUACCAGUUUUUGGUUUUUCCCAUAAUACUAAUUAUUUUACUGAGAAACUGAAAGGCUUUACAUUUAGUGUAAGUUUAACAUUUUUGGGAUAAUAUAUAAAUUAUUAUUUGGGCACAGUAAUUACUAAAAGGAUUAUUUUACAAACUUGACAUCAGGAGAGUUUCAGUGGUAAAGGAUUCAUUUUAUUGACUCCUUGUCAGUUCUUAAAAAUAUGACAUUAAAUUAUGUAUUUCUUGUCUUUAUUUGUAUUACUAUGACUUGCACUAAAAAAAUUUGUAGGCAGAACAGUACGAGUAGACCCAGUACAGGUUAUGACUAAUGCUGUUCACUCAUUAUUGCAGUUUAUUGAAAUACGUAUUAAUUUUUUUUUUUAGGUUCCAAUAGAUUCUGUAUUAUUGGUGUAAUUUGCAUUGUUU